UUUUCAUAAAGACGUGAGCCGCCGACGCGUUCAGCCCGAGGCUCCAAGGCGCCCGUCCAGGCUCCAGUCCAGAAAGCAGUGGAUUCCAUCAUCAGACAUUCCAAGAAUUCCCGACUGCAUCAAAGGUACCACCACAACAACGCACAGUCACGUCGGGUCUUGCUGUUGCCUGGUGUAAUAUUGUUUGCACAUAUUUCCCCGACAGGGCUGUUCUCUGUUCUUUAUUCAUUCUCCGCUCUUGUGUCAAGAAUCACGGCCGCCCCUCCCGGCUGCCGACCAGCCAAAUCGCCGCCCAGCAUCCUGCAUCUCUUUGACGGGCCCACGACACAGCAUCGACAUCUAGGAUAGGUCGCACACGUUCAGUUACCCACCAUGUCCGACAACGAGUUUACCGGUAACGACGAUCUUUCGCUUCCGAAAGCGACGGUUCAAAAGAUCGUCAGCGAGAUUUUGCCGCAGACUGAUGGUAUCACGUACUCCAAGGAGGCUCGAGACCUGCUCAUAGAAUGCUGUGUCGAGUUCAUCACCCUUAUCUCGUCCGAGGCGAACGAGAUAUCGGAUAAGGAGGCUAAGAAGACCAUCGCAUGCGACCACAUCACCAAGGCCCUUCAAGUACUGGGCUUUUCUGAGUAUGUGCCUGCAGUUCUCGAGGCAGCUGCUGAACAUAAGGAAACCCAGAAAGGCCGAGAAAAGAAGGCGAACAAAUUUGAGCAGAGUGGACUGAGCCUCGAGGAGUUGGAGCGAAUUCAGCAGGAGGAGUUCGCCAAGGCGGCAUCAAGACACCACUGAUACGCCAUCCGCUUCUGGCCCAUUUCAUUAUGUUUCCUUUGCUACGUAAUUCCACAGGUUCUCGUUAUGAUAGCGGAUUUUGGGGCGCAGGAGGGGAAGGGUGACGGGAUUGCAUCUGUUUGGCGUUGGGCGGGUGGGGUUAUUUGGCUGUCUCAUGGGCGUGUAGCACUUCGUACAUUGAACAAGCGUAUGGUUUUCAUCUGUGAUUUCACAAUACAGCUGGCUGCGUGUUUAGCUCGUGAGCGAGGGCGGGAG